GAAAACGACGUUGGUUUGCGGUUUACAUUAAUUGACUCCUUCACCAAGUCCACUCCCCCCCCUCUCUCUCUCUCUCUCUCUCUCUUAUCUUCUUCGAAGAAUCGAAAGAUCCAAAGUUAACCGAGGAGGAACUCGCUGUCGCUGCCACUAGCCGUCUCACUCUCACACCUCGCCGACUUCUCUUGGCCGUUGCGCAUCCAGAACUCGAAUCAAUAACUUUCAGGAAGAAAAUAAGAUCACAACGCAAAUCCAAGGAUUAUACAAGAAUGGGAAGCAAUCAAGGAGAUGGAGCAGAGACAGAGAGCAGGUGUGCAGUGGUUAGUGGUGCAAACAAGGGUAUUGGCUUGGAGGUGGUGAGGCAGCUUGCAUCUCAAGGGGUGGUGGUGGUGUUGACGGCCAGGGAUGAGAAGAGGGGAGGAGAAGCAACAUUAAAGCUCCACAAGUUGGGUCUGUCAAAUGUUGUCUUCCAUCAACUUGAUGUCUUGAAUCCAGUUAGCAUCCACUCCCUGGCCAAGUUCAUACACGCCAGAUUUGGCAGGCUUGAUAUCUUGGUUAAUAAUGCUGGAGCUAGUGGAGCACUGUUGGAUGAGAAAGUUAUAAAAUCCCUAAACAUUGACCCCAAAACUUGGCUUUCAGGGAAAGCGGUGAACCAAAUCCAAGGUGUAAUUAAAUACACUUAUGAGAAGGCUGAGGAAUGCUUAAAUACAAAUUACUACGGGGUUAAAAGACUAACCGAGGCACUUCUCCCACUCUUGCAACUCUCCACACUAGGAGCAAGAAUUGUCAAUGUCUCCUCCCUGAGGAGUGAACUCAAGAGAAUACCAAGUGAAGAGAUCCGAAAUGAGCUCGGGGAUGUAGAAGCAUUGACAGAGGAGAAAGUGGAUGCAGUUUUGACAAGAUUUCUGCAUGAUUUUAAACGAAAUGAACUCGAAGUGAAUGGAUGGACAAUGAUGUUACCUGCAUAUAGCAUUUCCAAAGCCACCCUCAAUGCCUACACUAGAAUCCUUGCCAACAAGUACCCAAACAUGUGCGUCAACUGUGUGCAUCCAGGCUUUGUUAAUACAGACCUCAAUUGGCAUACAGGGACCAUGACUGUCGAAGAAGGGGCUGCCGGUCUGGUCAAGUUGGCUCUUCUACCCCGUGGAGGCCCUUCCGGCUGCUAUUUCGAUCAAACUGAAGUCGCAGAUUUUUAAUGAUAAAGACAUAUAUACAUAUCUCUCAGGCUCCAGCUCUUUGUCGCCGACCCGUUCACCGACUUCCCUUUCUUGAUCUUCUCGCUGUUGUUUCCCGCCUUGGUUUGUUGUUGGUGCAUAGAGGUCGCAUAGGAGGCACUGUAGCACCUGUUUCCCACCUAGGUCCGCCAUUGUAGCUCUUCAUCUACGACCUUUAGUGAUCGCACAAUCUGGAUCUGAAAUCUUCCAUUCCAUCUGCAACCUUCCGCCAUUGUUUGAAUUUGGUACAAAGGAGGGAAGAGAUUUCUUUAGGGUCGUGAUUUG